AUGGAGCUGCUACACCAUGUCAGCGACUUGGAACAUACCGCCGUGCUCCAUCUUCUGCUGGAAAAUAAGCCAAGGCCAGAUCUCGAAGACAGCUUCGGUCGCACGCCAUUGUCAUACGCGGCUCAGAAUGGGCACCUGGAUGUCGUUCAGGCGUUGGUCCGCUCCGGAGCAGACGUGUAUUUUUUUGAAGGCGAGAUAUGGGGCACUGCCCUGGGAGCGGCAGCUAUGCAUGGCCAUACAUCCAUCGUCCGAUUUUUGCAUGAUGAAGGGGCGUCAAUUGACGUACCACCAAACCUCAUCACAAAGGUUGCCUCCAGGGGUCAUAUGCCGGUACUGGAACUACAUAUCACAUACGGUGCACCGGUGAAUUAUAAUCGCCAUGACUCCACCGAAACCCCUUUGAUGGCAGCAUGCCAAUGGGGACACACAGAGAUUGUACGACUGCUUCUCAAGCACAGUGCAGAUGUCAAUCUAUAAGGGGGAUUUCAUGGCACAGCACUCCAAGCGGCUUCAUUUGGAGGCCACGAGCAGCUGGUGACUAUGCUCAUCGAAGGAG